AUGCACCGCCCUACUUUAGUCGCUACCAACAUCCUGCUCGCGGUAGGCCUGAGUGCCGCCGACGUCAACCCCGACGCUCAGGGUGCAUGCGAGCCGACCCGCGGCGGCACUGGCGCCUGCGGGCCCAACGGCUCCGAGCAGUGGCUCAACACCGGCCUCAAGGGCUCCGGCUGGGAGCCGCCCUUCCUCGACAUCAACAAGCUGUCGCACAUAUCCCUCGACGAGUACUACAACGGCGUGGGCAAGCCGUGCCAAAAGUACGACCAGUACUUCCGCGGCUCCGGCGCCAAGUACAACAUCGACCCGGCCAUCCUCGCGUUCCUGGCCAUGCAGGAAUCGUCGUGCAACGCCGACGAGGGGGGCCCCACGCCGGGCCUGAUGCAGUGCGACCCGGGGAACUGCCAGAACGGCAAGGAUAGCUGCCAGUACCCGAUCGAGGAUAAUACUGACUGCGGCGCCCACGUGCUGCGGCAGGCAUUGGAUGGUGCGGGGGGCAACGCCGUGCAUGCGUUGGGCUCCUACAACGGGUGGUUCACGGCGAGUGAUGGGACGGGGCUCAACGGUGGGAAGGGCCUGACGGAGGGGUACCCUUGUUCAGACGAGGGAAAGGCGCACGGCGUGCCACAGAAUCUCAACUACCUCCACGAGACGCUCAAUGGCUGGUUCCAGGGCUACGACAUGUAUGGCGCCGACCGGGACUUGGAUGGCGAGUACGACUGCGACCAGAACUGCAACAGCGGUAGUGGGUUGUGCUAG